GCAUUUCCUCACAUCUUCUCAUCCCUCCUUCUGCCCCCUCGCUUGCUUCCUCCAGCCCUUGGAUCAUGAUCGAUAGCCCCCUACCUCCGCCCUCCACAUCGCGGGGUCCCGACCCAAACCGCAAACAUUACACCGCUCCGGCCCCAUCGGUUGAUUUCGCGCGCUCGAAUAACUCUCUCGACUGGAGACACGCAUUAAUAAAAUGGCUAUCCUUCGCUUGCGCUAUUGUGAAUUGGUGUGUGGGCCCGGCUUUCUCUCCUUGUUCUGGUUGUUGAGUUGAAUUGACGCGUGGAAUGGGGCAGUUUGUGCGCCGGGAGCAUAUUACUGUUCUCUCUCUGGGCUCCUGUGUUCCAGCGGAGACUCGGGUAUUCGCAAAUGCAAGUAAACGCCAUUUCCAUCGCGGGCGAGCUCGGGAUGUAUCUACCGUGAGUGUUCGCGAUCCUUUCCCCAGGCUCGGUGCUCCCACUGACCAAUCCGUCGCAGUGUCCCUAUUUUCGGCUUCAUUUGCGAUGCUUACGGGCCCGCUAAACUCAGCUUGCUCUCUUCCACCUUUUUUGGCCCAGCCUAUCUUCUUGCAUCGCGUGCUUUCGUGAAUCAACUCCCAUACCCGGUCAUGGUAUUGGCGUUCGUGUUUAUCGGCAUGGGCACUAGUAGUAUGUAUUUUGCUGGAGUAACAACUUCAGCCAAGAACUUCACCGGCAACAGAGGCUUAGCCCUAAGCUUGCCCAUCGCAGCAUUUGGGUUGAGUAGCUUGUGGCAAUCACAGGUUGUUGGUCGAGUAUUCACUGAUAAGACUACUGGAGAGCCGGCGAUUCCUACAAUCUUCGCGGCUUAUUCCGCCUUCUUGCUGGUUAUCGGUAUUCUUGGUGCAUUGGGAUUGAGGGUUAUUAAGAUUGGCGAGGAAACCCCUAAAACCGAAGAGCGAGAAAGCCUCUUGGAGGGGGGGCAAAGCUCUGGCGCCCAGGGUUAUGGUACAACCGGGGAAGCAGCUGUGGGUGAGGAAGAGUCGUGGAGGCGACAAUUUAUCAAUAAGGCGACACGGGAAUUUCUCACUGACCAUACAAUGUGGCUUUUUGCCGCUGGAGUGUUUCUUGUGACGGGACCCGGUGAAGCGUUUAUCAAUAAUGUACGCUCCUUCACUCCCCCUAUCGGCCGAAUGACUAACAGGGAUUAGAUGGGGACCUUGAUUACAACUCUAUAUCCUCCGCCGUCCACAGUUUCCCAGGCCAGAAACCCCAUUGAUCCUGCAACUCAUGUCUCAAUCGUUGCGGCCACUUCUACUAUCGCACGUGUCGUGGCGGGAAUUCUUUCAGACUACCUUGCCCCCCUUGUUCCUGCAUCCGACUCCUGCCCUUCUCCUCUCCGAAAAUUCCCACGCUGCUCGAGGAUGUAUUUACUAUUCUCAUUUGCACUCCUUAUGUUGCUUGGUAACCUCUAUGUUUCUCUCGGGUAUGUCCAGGAGCAUGGAGAGAACUUUUGGAUUGUCUCUUCGUCUAUUGGCGCCGGCUAUGGUGCAGUAUUCUGCCUUGCCCCUACCAUCGUCAGUGUGGUUUGGGGAACCGAAAACUUUGGCACAAACUGGGGAAUCGUCACCAUGACUCCUGCUGUUGGCGCAACAGUAUUUGGUUCGAUAUUUGCCUGGGUGUACGGUCAUUAUUCCAACAGCCACGGCGUGUGCUGGGGCAAAGAGUGUUACAGCGGUUCGUUCAUGGUCAUGGCAGUGAGUGUCGCUUGUGCGUUGGUGGGAUGGACUGUCGUAUGGCAAGCACCUAGCGGAUGGAGAGCUAGGGGAAUUGUUGUCUAGAACGAACGGAACGCCGACGGGUUUACUGUAACAUUAUCGAUCGUUAGGAACGGACUAGAAGUCAUAGGAUAAGGAUUAGAUGUGUGAAAAACCUGCAUUACAUGGUCUACUUUUUACGUUGUUUUUUCUUAAGUUUUCGGAUUGCAUUUCUCUUCAUACCACGGAAUUUGGGUCUUUCUUUCCACUGGCGUUUUCCUAUCUUUUCUAUUUUUUACAGGACAGAAGAUACACAUACAUUGCGGGAAGAAACGGGGGCAUGCGUCUUAUAGAUGAGAAAGAAGGGAAGAUACGAUAUUGCUAACUCAGAUGACAUUACAUUUUCAACCUUGGAGCGUUGCGAUCCCGGA